GCUAUGUCCUGUAAAGCACUACAUGUCCCAAAAUGCUUUGCUACACCUGAACCUUGUUAGAAUCCACAUGUCACGGUGAACUGCUAACAGUUACACUCCAGAACUGCCUGACUGCUGUUUUCUAUCAAUCUGGGGCGACUAAAGUCUGGCUGAGUGUCUGUCUCUCAUUCUCUCUCUCUCUCUCUCUCUCUCUGCUCAUCCACCUCUCUCUCUCCCUCCCUUUCUCUUUCUCUCCAGAGUCCUCGGGCCACACACACAAGUCUACCUGAAGUCAUACAAAGAGAGAGAAGCAUAAAGAUUUAUUUAGACAGCCAUGUUUUCCCUGUGCUCUUUCCUGUUGGCUGGACUUGUAUGUCAGAGUUUGGGUCAGUACGAUUACUAUGACGAAUACUACGUCCCCUCCGCACCACUAGAGGCAAUAUUAUCACCCACUUGUGCCCAGGAGUGUGAAUGUCCCAUCAACUUUCCCACUGCCAUGUUCUGCAAUGAGCGCAACUUGAAGUUCGUCCCCAUUGUGCCGAGUGGAAUCAAAUACCUCUACCUGCAGAACAACUAUAUUGAGGAGAUCAAGGCCGGUGUGUUUGAUAAUGUCACCGACCUUCGCUGGCUUGUUCUCGAUAACAACAACAUCACCAGCGACAAGAUCCAGGCAGGUACCAUUGAUAAACUAGGCCACUUGGAGAAGCUCCUCUUCAGCAACAACAAGCUGACCAAACCCCCCGGCCCUCUUUCCAAGUCUUUGGAUGAGUUGAAGCUGGUUGGCAACCAGCUGAGCUCAUUCCCUUCUAACACUUUGUCUGGCAUGGAAAAUCUGACCACCCUUCACCUGUCCAAGAACAAACUGACCACAGAGAGCAUCACAGGUGCCUUCAAAGGCCUAAAGUCCCUUGUUCUGCUGGACAUAAGCGAGAACAAGCUGAAGAAGCUUCCGGCAGGAGUUCCACCUUCGCUCUUGAUGCUCUAUGCUGACAAUAAUGAUAUUGAAAGCAUCCCUAAUGGCUACUUGGCCAAACUGCCAGCCCUGCAGUAUCUGCGUAUCUCCCACAAUAAGUUGGUGGACUCUGGAAUCCCUGCCGGUGUAUUCAAUGUGUCCUCUCUCCUUGAGAUUGACCUGUCUUUCAACAAGCUGAAGACCAUUCCAGAGAUCAACGAAGCUCUUGAGCACCUGUACCUGCAAGUCAAUGAGAUUAACAAGUUUGACCUGUCAAACAUCUGCAAGUUCAGCUCUCCUAUCAACUACUCCAGGCUGAGGACCCUGCGCCUGGAUGGGAACAACCUCACGCACAGCAGUAUGCCAGAUGACACUUCCAACUGCCUACGCCAGGCCUCAGAGAUCAUCUUUGAUUAGAGCCACAUCUCUGAUAAGCUGCCAAAGCAUUCUUUAGCACAUCAAACAAAAUAAGGCUAUUGCAUUUAUAGAUGCUGAUUGACAUCUACACGUCCUUCAUGACCCUGGUUAUUUGCAGACUGAUUACAACAUUUACUCUCUAAAAUGCUGAAUUUGUUUUUUUAUUAAAAAUAGGCAGCAAUAUUUUGAAAUCUUGAUAUAUCAUUGUCUUGUAUCAAAUCAAAUCAAAAUCAAAUCAAAUCAAAUCACUUUAUUGUCACACAGCCAUAUACACAAGUGCAAUGGUAGGGUUGUAUGAUACUGUAUGAAGAACAGUACCUGAAUAAUGAGAGGAACAUUUGUUUUUCAUAACUGUCCAUGAGGCAUUUAAGCGCACACUUAGAUUUUCUGAUCUAGAGAGAACCUUUUUUGUGCAUAAAAGAGGUGAAUUAAAUCAAAGCAUAUAGCUUCCAUCUAGAAGAGGUUGUACAAGAUUAUCUAAAUUCAUCUGUGCAUGUUAAACACCUUAAUCACUCAAAAUGUUUUACAAAAUGCUAUUCUUGUACUCAUGUUAAUGAUAAGCCUGCUGGGAUGGAAAUUAGAUUGUUUAGAGUACUAUAUAAAAAUAUCUUUCCUCAAACUGUCUAAAAAAUAAGAAAAUGCUAUUUUGAAGGCUGUCUUGAAUUCAGCUGAAAUCGAAGUUAUUAUUCAUAGUUUCAUUCAUGCAUAAAUAAAAUAUGGCUGGACUGAGUGAAUAUGCUGAUAUUUAGCUGAAAAUAAAUCAAAGAAAAUAUUUUAUUUAACAGUGAGGAAUUGCAGUGCCGAAAUGUUGUAUUAAUAGCAAUAGUAACUAUAACUAGCAGCAGCUUGAAUUUCUUAACACUGCCAACAUUUAUACAGUAUACUCUCUGCAUGCAGUUCAUCUUACUCUGUGUAACAGUAAUAGCUUUCAGUUCUAUGGCAACAGCAUUGGAAAUUUUUUAUGUAUGCAAUAUAUCAUUUCACAUCAUCAGAAUGUCAUUCAACUUAUUAAAGUCACAGGACUACAGUAACUUUGGCAGACUGUUAUGUAAAAGUUGUAAGUUCCCUUAUUUGUUUUUAUUUUGUUUUCAUUUAGAAAAUACCACACCAGUUUGUUCAUCUUUAAUUGAAUAAACCAAAUUUCUUACACGUGUA